CCAGCCUGCGAGAGGAGCCGAGGCCGCCCGCACUCGCAUCUUGCCGGCCCCUCCCCCGAUCGCCGUGGCCGCUGCGCUGCCGCUGCAGGAUAGCUAACAGCCAGGAGAAACGUAGUGGAAAAUGCAAAACAACGAAAUCAUAAAGCCUGCCAAAUACUUCUCAGAACUGGAAAAGAGCAUCCUGCUAGCUUUAGUAGAAAAGUACAAGUAUGUGCUGGAGUGUAAGAAAAGCGACGCGUGAACUAUUGCCCUCAAGCAGGCGCUCGCCCAUGAAUACAACUCGCAGCCCAGCGUGUCGCUGCGGGAUUUCAAACAGCUGAAGAAGUGCUGGGAGAACAUCAAGGCUCGGACCGAAAAGAUUAUGGCUCAUGAAAGGAGAGAGAAAGUGAAACGGAGUGUUAGCCCCCUUCUGAGCACCCACGUCCUGGGGAAGGAGAAGAUCGUCAACAUGCUGCCCGAGCAGCUGUACUUCCUGCAAAGCCCUCCCGAGGAGGAGCCCGAGUACCAUGCUGAUGCCGCCACCCAAGGAUCAUUUGCUGUUUCAAAUAUAGAACUUUGCGAUGAUGAGAAAGAGUUCAUACAUUUCCCAGUAUGUGAGGGGACCUCUCAACCUGAACCCUCGUGUUCAGCUGUCAGAAUAACAGCCAAUAAAAACUACAGGAGCAAAACCUCUCAGGAAGGUGCUUUAAAAAUGUUGCAUGAGGAAGAACACCAUCAACAAAUGUCCAUCUUACAACUGCAGCUGAUACAGAUGAAUGAGGUGCAUGUGGCCAAAAUCCAGCAGCUAGAGCGAGAGUGUGAGAUGGCAGAGGAGGAACACAGGAUAAAAAUGGAAGUUCUCAAUAAAAAGAAGAUGUAUUGGGAAAGAAAACUGCAAACUUUUACUAAGGAAUGGCCUGUUUCCUCAUUUAACCGGCCCUUUCCCAAUUCACCCUAAGACGUUGGGGUGUGGCUCCCUUGUAAUUAAUCUGUGUUGGCAAAGAAGGUCUGGAACACGAACUUGCGGUCGGUAGCCUGUCACAGAGCUACAACUAGGAAGAUGAGAGUGGUAGUAGUCACUUAUUUAAGAAUACAUUCAGGUAAACAGCUGCACCCUAUGUACCCCUGAAGUGGCAAAGAAGCUGUUAGAGUCUUCUGAAAAUUAUCACUAUGAGUGCUAUCAUUCUGAAUGUAAUGUCUCUUAAUUAGAAUUCAUACAAGAACCA